AUGCACGGAGCUUCGACAGCCGAGGUGGUCAUGGCAGGCAACGGAGACGUCGGGAAGGAGAGCGGGAAGCUGCAGGAUCGACAGAUGUCCUCUCUUGUUGCCCUCCAGUCCUGCAUCCGUCGCAAGAUCUACAAAGAGCGGCUGCACUGCGCCAACUUAGUGGAGCGGCUUGGGCUGGAGCACGAGUUUAUAACGGGGAUGCUGAAGCUGCUGAAUCAAGCGAUGGUCUUCGCUCUUCUUCUGAUCGCUCUAGGGUUUGCGAAUGAUGGGCCAGCCACACGAGGCAUCUACAACUACCUUACCAGCUCCUUCAACCUCCAAGAGGUGGCUACCAUCCAGUCGCGAGCCGAUUUCACGCAAGCCCUCCAGUCCAUCUCUUCAGAAUCUCGCAAGCAUUUUGUCCUCUCUUCCCAGUACUUCGACACGCAAGAUCAAGGCAACGUUCAGAUAUUGGGGUCUCUGCGAUCUUUCACCGCUCCUGCUGUUCUCGGCAACAUCUCCUUCACAACAUGGAUGCGAGUCAGCGCAGACUUCACCAGCGGGUACGUCUUUCGUAAACGGCUCGUAUCGGCAGGCUCAGGAUCAGAUCUGAGCUGUUGGGGGUGGUACUUCGACCGCUUCACGGGCCCUCAAUUCCGAUACGGGAUGCAUGACACUUUUCCCAUCGACAUCUGGAAUAUCAACAACAGGCUUCAGCAACUGGAGAUUAAGCUCCCUAAACCUCGCCCAAUGAUCAUCGAUGAGUAUGCUCUGAUGACUAUGAUAGUGACGCAGAAGGUCGUCCUGUUCUACAGGAACACAGUGCUUCUCGGCAACAUUUCUCUCCCUCGGCCUCUCACAGACUGCUACAACACGGAAGGAAUCUUAGUUGGCCAGGCAAACAUGGAGCUGGACAUCGCGGAGAUCUUCCAAUACGGCAUGCGCUUGUCCGACCUGUCGACGGGGUCGCAGGCAUCGGAUGUGAGCGAGAGCGAGAGCUUGGCAACCAAGCAGGAGAUCCUUGGAUCCAUAGCGCAGGUUGAGUCCCUCAUCGGCGAUCGCCAGCAGCUACAGGACGAGGCGCUCCUGUCUCAGACUGUUGACUCCGUUCCUUCUCCUGCUGUUCCAUCCUACGCAUCUCCGACAUACCCUGCAGGGGUGACAGAGCCCAACUGCUCGCACAACGGGACGCUGACCCUAUCGUGGGACUCUCUGAUCAACCGAUCCUAUUACUCUCUCAUAUCAGACCCUGCGCGCCUCUCCAAGACCAGCGACACUGACGCUCGUUACCUCACCAACGUGCCCUCCUUUCAUGGCACUGGCAUGACUCUCAGCUUCUGGUACCGCCACAUCCCCUGCCUGACCGACACCUGCGGCGUCUACGUCUUCCAGGCGGGACAGUUCCCUCCUCCCUCCGUGACCUCGCAGGGGAACGCGAGCUUCAACUCGUGGUGCUGGAGCCUGUGGAUCGAGAACCAGGCCUUCUGGAUUGACGGCGCCCCUAACUCAGGGUACAUUCACUUCGCUGACUACGGCAUUGACCCCAAGUUUGGUUUCUCCGGCGACAAGUACUGGCGGCACGUGGUGUAUCAGCUGGACGAGAAGACCAACAAGGCUCGCUUCUUCCUGGACGGCAAGUUCGCCAUGGAGAAGGACUGGGGAGGAAGCAUUGCCCAGGUCCUCCUUCCUUGUUCUCCUCCCUCAGCUGACUCGCUCGCACAGGCUGACUGUCUUGGCCCCUACAAGGAGAUCUCCAUCGGCCACUCAGCCCCGGGCUACACCUACGGGGCUCCGAUCGAGCUCUACGAUGUUCGCAUGUACGUUCACAGUAUCAGCGGCAUCCUCACCGCCCGCGACAUCUGGAGGGAGUCGAUCCAGUUCGCCCCUGUGCUGGGAAAGGAUCACUGCUUGAAUGUCUCCAGCCCCGACAUGCAGGACGACGGCGUCUGGUCAGACCCCUACGGUCACGGAUGCUCGUGGUACUACCAGGCGAAGCAGAGCACUCCCGCCGUCUGCUCCUCCUCCGAGGCUCAGCAAAACUGCCCCAACUCAUGCGGGAGCAAGCAGGAGUGCUUCAAAGACUUCACCGCUGCCUCUCCCUUCUUCGUGUGGGACCGAACAAGGCUGAUCCCUGCUCAGUCUCCUAACGGCACCAUCUGCCUGGGCAGCAGCUACUCCAAGGCGAGCGUGGUGGCUGAAUGCCGCAAGUGGGCGAGCGGAGCGAGCUACAAGCAGGAGCUGUUCCCCGAGUCGUGGGCGGCAAGCAUGGCGACAAAAGGAACAGCCCCGAGGCGAGGGAGGCGUGUUAACGUGACGGUCUGUGACGAGCUCGAGGCCUCGAUCGAUGAGUACUGCGGGUUCGAGAUGAAGCCGGUGGAGGAGUUCACCAAGAAGAUGCUGGCUGAGGGUGGAGACUUCACCAUCUCCUUCUGGGUAAGGCCGGUGGGCACAAACUCGAUGCUGGGAGACACCGGGAGGUUCUUCCCGCACCUCAACUUCUUCUCCUCCCUCUCUCCCCCGCAGGAGAACCUGCUGUUCGGUCUGUGGGCCAACCCCAACGGAGAAGCAAGGAUCAACUCCAAGUGCUACACCAAUGGCUCGCGCGAUUCCUACUGGAACAUCGAGGUGAGCGAGCAGGAGAAAGGCGAUCGAGCUUGA